CCAAUGGUGGCUGGUGUUGGGGCGGGGUGAGCUGGCAGACGAGACCGCGAGUCUCCUUGGUGCUGUCCCCGGUCGUGGCAUGGCGUGAUGGGCGGCGGCGGGAGCAGCCCCCGGCGCGUCACCUUCGAGGCGGAUGAGAACGAGAAUAUCACGGUGGUGAAGGGCGUGCGGCUGUCUGAGAAUGUCAUUGAUCGUAUGAAGGAGCCUUCUUCACCUACAGCAAGGCCACAGUUUCAGCGACAAUCAGCAUCUGGAGAUCAUGGCUCAGUUGGAAGUGCUGCAAUUAAUGAAGAAGAACUAAAGAAAAGAGUAGCUGAAGAAAUGGCAUUGGAACAAGCUAGGAGAGAGAAUGAAGCCAAAAAGAGAUUGAAACAAGAUCAAAAGUAUGUACGUGAUGAAAUUGGCAAAAUUCUGGAGCGGGAGCGGACUGCUUCAAAUGAGCAUUUGACUAGAGCCAUUCUUAGAGAGAGAGCUGUGACAGAAGAGGAACGCCUGAAGACACAACAUUUUGAGAUGGAAAUAAAGGCCAAGCAGCUGGAAGAGAAAGACAGAGAACUGAAGAAGCACGAUGCAUACUACAAAGAGCAGCUGGCUCGACUGGAAGAGAGGAGUGCCCAAUUCUACAAAGUAACCACGGAGCAAUUCCAAAAAGCUGUCAAGGAAGUGGAAGCUAGGUUCAAGCGCUAUGAGUCUCAUCCUAUCUGUGCUGAUCUGCAGAGUAAAAUUCUCCAAUGUUAUCAGCAAAAUUCCCAUGAGACCCUCAGCUGCUCUGCAUUGGCUAACCAGUACCUGCAUUGUGUCAAUCAUGCCAAACAGCAGAGCACGCUUGGCAGAGGAGGGUAAGGCGACGUCCGAAUCAAGCACAGAGCCAUCGACUCUCAUUCCAGCAGCAGAGCAUUUUUUCCCAACAACGAGCUGACAACCCAUUCCCAGUGCAGACCAAUAAAGAGAAGAACUAGAAGAGUCAUUUCGAGAGCAGCAGCCAUCACAGUUCAAUCCUGAGACCUGUAUCUGAUUACAUCAGAAAUGACACGUCCCAGGAGCAGUUUGGUCGCAGAAAACUCACUGAUUGGUGAUAGAAAAAAGUAUCAAAAUAUCUUCCGUUGGCCUUCGGGGGCAGGGAGGGGCGGGAUGUGUUUCCGACGCCGCGGCGUCAUUGUGGAAUCUGCUCAGUAGCUCCCUGAUGUCAGAGGCGGGAGGGCGGGUGAUGCUUUCGUGUCCCCGUGUAGGGCGCUCUGUGAACUGGCCAACUGCUGCUCCACACGCUACGGCCUGUGUGGGCUGCUGAUUGUUAAGAACUUUUCCUUUUUAUAUAUCACUGAAGGAAUGUUUGCGUAACUUAUUACUAAGAUUAUGUAACCCAAAGGUCUCCCUCUGCUUCCCCAGACCCUCUGCUGGAAUAAUGUUCACACUCCAGAGCUUCAGGAGUGCCAGGUGUAAAAUGGCCUUGAAUUGACAUGCAAUCAGUAACCUGUGAUUCUGUUGUGGGCCCAGCUGUCAUUACGUACUGAAAAUGGUCUCACUCUGUAUCAACAAUAAAUAUAUUUUGUGAACAGGA